CGUUAAACCUCUCCGAAGCCCUGAAAAAAAUCCAAUCCGCGUUGUAACCCUAAUCCCAGAUUGAAUGCAUAUAUAAUUUGGUGAAUUCAACUCCAAAAUAAAAAAUCAAUCGUCACGAUUCUCUCUCUCUGGCUAGCUACUUCAUCGUUCAUUGGAUCUUGAAUUGCUUCUUCUCUAACUAAUUCUGUUUUCUGCAGGCGCUGCUUUUCUUCUAUUUCUAGUCUGUGUUUUCUUUGGCGCAGGGAUUUUUUGCUGAUCUGCUUUAAUUUAUACUAACAGUUGUAGAUCACAUAUACUGAUAUACACAUACGCAUCUUUUUCUCAUUGAUUUCCUUCAAUUUCUGUGUUUUUUUUUGUUGCUAACGUGAUGGAAACAGGAAUGACUCAUUCAUCUGCAUCUUCAUCUUCAAGCAAGUCUCAAUCGCGAUGCCCGCUUCAAGAGCAGUUUCUUCACAGAAAAAAUUCGCGCGAAAACUUGGAUCGGUUCAUUCCGAAUAGAUCGGCGAUGGAUUUUGAUUACGCACAUUACAUGCUCACAGAAGGUAAGAAAGGUAAGGAAAAUCCAUCUGUCAACUCUUCUCCAUCUAGGGAGGCAUAUAGUAAACAGCUUGCAGAAACUUUCAACAUGAAUAGAACUCGAAUUCUGGCUUUCAAGAAUAAGCCGCCUACUCUAGUCGAGGACAUCCCGAAUAACUUUGCAGUGGCGGCGCAGCAACCGAAAGCUGCCAAACCCCGUCGCCACAUCCCACAGACUUCUGAGAGGACAUUAGAUGCUCCUGAUAUUCUGGAUGACUACUAUUUGAACUUGCUAGAUUGGGGAAGCAGCAAUGUUGUUUCGAUUGCUCUUGGAAAUACGGUCUAUUUGUGGGAUGCUUCCGAUGGGAGUACCUCAGAACUUGUUACUGUCGAUGAAGGCGGCCCUGUGACCAGCGUUAAAUGGGCUCCUGAUGGAAGGCAUAUAGCCAUUGGUAUGAACAACUCUGAGGUUCAGUUAUGGGACUCGACUGCUAACAGACUUCUGAGAACUUUGAGAGGCGGCCACACAUCACGAGUUGGUGCUAUGGACUGGAACAAUCACAUCUUGACUACGGGAGGGAUGGAUAGUCGGAUCAUCAACAAUGAUGUCAGAGUGAGGGCACAUGUUGUUGAAACCUAUCGAGGCCAUCACCAAGAAGUUUGUGGGCUCAAAUGGUCAGCCUCAGGCCAGCAGCUGGCUAGUGGUGGAAAUGACAACCUCCUUCAUAUAUGGGACAGGUCCAUGGUGUCGACAAAUGCUCCUACGCAGUGGCUUCACAGGCUUCAGGACCACACGGCCGCUGUCAAAGCACUUGCGUGGUGUCCGUUCCAGGGCAAUCUGCUUGCGUCCGGUGGAGGUGGAGGCGAUAGGUGCAUAAAGUUCUGGAACACACACACUGGUGCGUGCUUGAACUCUGUGGACACAGGCUCGCAGGUCUGCGCUCUUUUGUGGAACAAGAAUGAGCGCGAACUGCUUAGCUCUCACGGUUUCACUCAGAAUCAGCUCACUCUGUGGAAGUAUCCUUCAAUGGUGAAAGUAGCAGAGCUCACUGGCCAUACAUCUAGAGUUCUUUACAUGGCUCAGAACCCAGAUGGAUGCACGGUCGCAUCUGCAGCAGGGGAUGAAACUCUUAGGUUCUGGAAUGUGUUCGGGAAACCCGAAGUAGCCAAGGUGGCACCAAAGACAGCAGCUGCAGAGCCGUUUGCUCACUUGAAUCGCAUCAGAUAAUCGGUGUUUGUUUUCUGAUCACGACUACAACUGCGCAGAGCUUGAGUGAGGAGAGAGAGAGAGCUUUGGCAAUUUCUUUCAUUCUUUCAUUCUUUCUAUUUUGUAAAUUCUGAGCUGAUUUCAGGAUUAAUAAUACUACUAAUUUCUUAUGUAAAUUUUUCUGUACUUGGAGUCGCAUAUUGUGACAAAUCUCCUAUGCAGAAUAACAACUCUUAUGAUCAUCAGUUAUACUUGAUUCUUUUCUUGUAAA